UUUAAUAAAAGCAUGGCAACAUUUUAAGAGAGGUUUAAAGGGAAAACAACAGUGAUGGGCAGAAAUGGAUUAGAAUCAGUUUUGAAUACAUGUUAAUAACCCAUCAAAAAAGAAGUUGAUUGUAUGAUUAUCAAAUAAUCAAGAUCAAAAUAAACCACCUCUAAUGUAUUAGGCUUUAUAGUAAUAAAUAAACACUUAAAUAUCUCCAAUAAAAAUAUAAUAUAACAAGCAUUCCAAUAAUUAAAUGUUAUAUAAACAUCAUCCAUAUAUUGGAGAACAAUAAAUAUAAGAUUCUCUAUAAUAUUUAAAUCAAUAAUAAUACUUUUAGCCAAUAGAAAAUUAUUAAGUAUCAACAGAACCAUAAAAAAAAGAAGAAAAUCGAUCAAAAUCAGCAAAAUAGUAAUUAGAUUCAGCAGAUGAAUCAUAACGUUAUAAACCUUAUACUUUGAAGGAUUAUGAAACAAUGAAGCGGACAGCAAAUGCAAAAUUAGGAGGAUUAGGUCCUAAUUUAAGUGGAGAUGAAUGGACAAAAGAAAAAGAAAAAGUAUUAAAACGUCAAGAAUUUGCAGAAUAAGUGAGAUAAUUUAAUUCAACAAAUAUUAUAACUACAAGAAUAAAAGAACCUAAGUAAUCUGAACCUAAUGCAAGGUAAUAUAUUUUUAAAAUUUAGAACAAAAGCAAUGGAUUUUGCUAGAAAUAUUCCUAAACCAUAAUAACCAAGAAAAAGAGAAGAAUAAAUAGUAAAAAGUGUACCAAAUAAACCUUCAGAAAAGAAUAAUAUAAGUAGAGAUCCUUUUGAUGAUGAAAUAGCUCGUCUUGAGAAAGAACACUUAAAAUAUUUAAACUAAUUAGAUAAAAUGAAAUGA